GGUCACGUGACUUUCCCCGGGCGCCAGUCACUUCGACAACGAUGGCGGCUACGGAAGGAAAGGGAGUAAAAAUGUGCAUCGGGAACUUGAAUGGAAAUUUUUGGUUUCAGCGUAUGUUCUUCUGAGACCAAAGCAAAACCCAACUGAAGGGUCUAAUCAGAAAAUACUAUGCCUUGACUGUGACAGACACAAGAUGUGGCAAACCAGAAAAACCCGGCUCGGCGUUGUUGGCCAGUCUACAGGAUUUCGAAUGUGUCUUUCAAGAAGAAAGGCGUCGUAUUUGUUGAAAAUAUUUUUCUUGGUUAUCGUACUUUUUUACAAAGAAGUUAAUCUAGCUGAUGCAGAAUCUGUGGAUUUAGGGGAGAAAGCAGUGUUGAAUUGUUCGCUAGGAGCCUUCAACUUGACAAGAGCCGAUAACAAGCCAUUGCCUCAGAAUAGCUACCAAGAUGGCAGUCUGCUGCAUAUACCACAUGCUCAGUGUAGCUCCUCAGGCACUUACGUUUGCAACAACACAAACUCCACAGCAAAUACUCAACUCACUGUCAAAGGUCCACCAGGUGACAUAGAUAUUACAAUUCAGGAUAAGACAUCCAGCUCUGCAUCUAUCUCUUGGUCCAUAACAAGUAUUGGUUGUUGGAAUGUGUCAUAUUCUAUAAGAUGGGAGAUUUAUAAUGAACCUAACACGACAAAUAGGAGUGUUGGUUAUAGAACAAGUUACCGUCUCACUGACCUCAAGCCUUAUAAAAAAUAUGCACUCUCCUUGAAAGCAAUGAAUAAAGAUGGAGAAAAAUGGAAAAAUGAUUUGUUCUGGACAGAUAUAGCUGCUCCAUCUGAGCCAUAUGAUGUAACUGCCUAUCAGCACAAUGCUGUUAUUGUAGUGCGUUGGAAGAAGCCACAUAAUGAGAAUGGCCCAUUGGAUCAAUUAAGAUAUAAGCUAGUUUAUAAAAAUACUGUUGUCAAUGACUCCAUCAGAGAUGAGGUCAACAUCAGCACCCCUAGUUAUAACCUGAGUAAUGUGCUACCAGGCACUACAUACCAGAUCAGUGUGCAGGCCUGUAACUCUGCAGGGUGUAGUGAAAGCAGCAGGGCUGUUAAUGUGACAACUGACAAAAAAGGGGAUAACAACAGUAGUGGAGGAAAGGGUAAUGGAGAUGAUAGCUUCCCAAGCAUUGCUGUGGUUGUCAUCAGUAUCAUACUAGUUGCUGUUGUUAUAUGUGUUGUUCUUUUUCUAAGGCAUUACUACCAUUGCAAGAUGCCACUGAGAGGGUUUUUUAGUUUCGAGGAUGCAAUACAACAGCAUUCAUCCCAAAGGAUAGGCAGCUACAGGAGAACUAGCGAUAAGCACGAACCUAUCCCUUAUGAAGCAUUUAGAAGUCAUGUAAAACACUUGCAUGCAGAUUGUGAUUAUAAGUUCUUUAUGGAGUUUGAGGCCUUACAGGGUGUGCAUGAGAAGAAUAAAAGGUUGACCUGGGUGCAGUCCCAGAAACCAGAGAAUCAGAUGAAAAAUCGCUUUGCAAAUGUUGUAGCCUAUGAUCACUCAAGAGUAGUGCUAUCCUUGACAGAGAACGACCAGUCAUCUCACUAUAUAAAUGCUAACUAUGUUGAUACAUACAAUGCAAUGAAUGCCUAUAUAGCAACCCAAGGUCCACUUGCUAAAACUAUCAGUGAUUUUUGGAGGAUGAUUUGGGAACAGAACUGCCGUGUUAUUGUGAUGAUAACAAACAUUAUAGAGAAAGGAAGGCAUAAAUGUGCCAUGUAUUGGCCAACAAAGAACAGAAAAACAGAGAAUCAUGGACCUCUCACUAUCACCUUUGUUCAGGAGGAGACAUUUGCAUAUUACAGCAUCCGCACAUUUGAGAUAAAGCCCAACAAAGACGGGACGCAUUACACUCAAUUUAAGUUCCCAGGUUCAGCUAACACCAGCAAAAACAUGUACAUGCAUGGCACCAUGUUUGACUCGUCCGCCAGCACCAACAUGCUUCUAGAUGAAAGCUUAGACCCUUUAGAUGAUGAAGUUAAGCCCAUGAUGGUAAAGCAGUUCCACUUCACCGGCUGGCCGGAUCAUGGGGCUCCUGAGCCAGGCUUUGAAUUUCCAGUACUGGACCUAAUCAUGAAGUCAACAGCAUGCGUGGUGCCUGGUACAGGUCCCUUAGUUGUCCACUGCAGUGCUGGUGUAGGGCGGAGUGGUGCUUUCAUAGUGAUUGACAGCAUGAUAAAGCGUAUCCAUGACAAUGGUGACCUUGACAUCUUUAACUUCUUGGCACAUAUACGGAAUCAGCGGAACCACUUGGUUCAAGAAGAGUGCCAGUAUAUCUUCAUCCAUGACACACUAGCAGAGUACAUAGCAUGCAACUUUGUGAUCUCCUUGCCCAUAAAAGCUCUCAAGGAUCAUGUGCGCAUGAUGAGGAUGCCAAUAUCUAUACAACCUCCAGUGAAAAGCAAACUAGACCUGGAAUAUGAGAGGAUUCAGUCUAUUAAAAUCAAAGAAUAUAAUCUUAAAGAAGUAAAAAAGCCCUGUAAUAUUACCAAGAACAGAAGUCACGAGGUCAUACCAGUUGAUAGCAGUCGAGUCAGGCUUUACCCUAGGCCGGGUGAGGAAGGCUCUGAUUACAUCAAUGCAAGCUAUAUAGAUGGAUUUACUCGUCGUGAGGCAUUUAUCGCUACCCAGCAUCCAUUGCAGAGCACCACGAUGGAUUACUGGCGGAUGAUCUGGCAGGAGAACUGCAGGAGUAUUGUCAUGCUGCUUUCUGAAAAAGAGUGGGAUAAGGACGUGUUCCCAUCAUACUUACCCGCCGUCCAUGACACAGCGCAUUUUGGCGAUUAUGAGGUCACCAUGGAAUCAGAGACGGCUAGGGGAGAUUUCAUAAUUCGGGACCUCAAACUUAUAUCAACAAAGGACCCUAGUGUGAUCCGACAAAUCCGGCACUUCCACUUCCUCCAUUGGCCAGAGCAUGGGCAGCCCUGGUCCGGACAGACUGUACUGCAACUCGUGAGCAAGGUGGAGGAGUGGGAGAGUGAAGUGGAGAAGAACUCGCACCAGUUCGACAUCAUCGGACCCAUAGUCGUACACUGCAAUAAUGGUAUAGGCCGCACGGGCGUCUACUGCGCGCUUCACGCCCUCUGGCAGCAGAUCGCUCAGGAAAAAUUGGUGUCCGUGUAUCAGACCGCUUGGCUGCAGGGCCACCAACGGCCGAAAUUCUUACCCAUCAAGGCGCAGUACGAGAUGUUGUACGACACUCUGAUCGAGUAUAUUGACGCCGAUUGCUCCCUUUACCUGGUCUAGGCGGGCCAUGUUAUCGGACACCUGUCGCGUCCGGGACGUGUCUCAUGGAUAGGAGUCAUCUGAUCGAUCCCUUGAGACACACCCAAGAUGUCGCCGGAAGUACAGCGUCAUUUGGACGCCCUAUGAUGGGUGCUUUCUUUACAAACACGAAGAUUGAGAUAUAUUACGACCUAAAAGAUGAAGAUAGACCGUCGAUAUCAAAGCGAAAACCUGGACAAAAAGUAAAUGAUAUUGUUACGUUGUAACGUUAGUGUUCAGGCUAUUUCUAUAAGUUUUUAUAUAUACUUUUCGCCUGUGCUUUCCUAACCGCGAAGACAGACUACAUGUAGGAGCAAGAGUAAAGAACAUACUUAUACCAAUAAUAUUACAGUUUCACACGAAAAACAACUUUUCUCUUCCAAACCGUUUAGAUCUUAUGUGAUACUAAAGACAUACGAAAAGUCUACCAAAAUAAGACUGAGGAAACAUUCCGAAAUUAAAGUUUAACAUUGUCUUUACUCGGCUAUCUUGGAUCUAUUGUUAUACAUGGGAGUCUGCGGCUUCAAAAGUGAGAACAGCUUUUAAAAUGGUUUUUGUCUCAUGCUUUCGAGGAGAUCCAUUUAGGGAAAAUUAAUGGACUACUUUUUGAAGGGCCCUUUUUGGUCGCUUAAAUCUCCUUGAACCCGUUGGUAGAUAGAUGUUUUAAUUAAUUAGAAUUAACGAGAUAAUGCCACGGUUCCACUCCAAGAAAUAAAGCUUGGACAUUUAAAACCAUUCUUUAUUUGUCUCAAAUCUCGAAAGAAAAAAAAAAGGUUCUGCAAAAUGCGAUUGGUUCCAUCUAGGAACUGCGGAAACUUCUAUCUUAUCAAAUACAUUUUUAUUGACACAUUCAAUUAGAAAAAUGUAUUUAAGAUUAUUUGUAAAUACGCUUAGACUAUUAUAAUCAAUAAAGAAACAUUGUGGUGUG